AACAAUCCGCAAGAACGCGACCGCAAGGACGACGUCAAAUUAACAAAUCUCCAUCGCUCCAUCUUCCCCCCUUCAAAUACGGGAGCCUGCCCGGCUUCUCUCUUCACCAGCUACCUACUAAGCAAUUUCCAAGUCAUAUCAAAAUUUAAACAGCAGAAUCUUGUAGCUAGCCGAUCGGCAAUGGCGACCAAGAUCUACAUCGUGUACUACUCGACAUGGGGGCACGUGGCGACGCUGGCGGAGGAGAUGAAGAGAGGCGCCGACUCCGUGCCGGGCGUGGAGGUCACCGUGUGGCGAGUGGCGGAGACGCUGGCGGAGGAGGUGCUGGGGAAGAUGCACGCGGCGCCGGGGCGCGAGGACCACCCGGUGAUAACGGCGCAGCAGCUGGCCGAGGCCGACGGCGUCCUGUUCGGCUUCCCGACGCGGUUCGGCAUGAUGGCGGCGCAGAUGAAGGCCUUCUUCGACUCCACGGGCGGCCUCUGGCAGGCGCAGUCCCUCGCCGGCAAGCCGGCGGGCGUCUUCUUCGCCACGGGCACGCAGGGCGGCGGCCAGGAGACCACGGCCCUCACGGCCGUCACGCAGCUCACGCACCACGGCAUGCUCUUCGUGCCCGUCGGCUACACGCACGGCGCCGGCAUGUUCGCCGUCGACGAGGUCAAGGGCGGCAGCCCGUACGGGGCCGGCACCUUCGCCGGCGCCGAUGGCAGCAGGACGCCCAGCGACGCCGAGCUUGCCUUGGCCGCGCACCAGGGGAAGUACUUCGCCGGCGUCGCCAAGAAGCUCAAGGCCGCCGUCUGAAGUGCGUCGGCGUGUCAACUGGAGCAAAAUUUGUUUAUUUAGCAAUUACUACACCGUACUGGUUUCUAGAGUAUAUCUUGUUUCGAAUGAAUAAAUAAAUAACGCGUGCACGUUGGCAACACUUGUGCUCAAAA